CGGGCACCCAACCAUGCGUCCCCUGCGUGCUGACGUCAGGCGCGUGCCCCUGUCCGGCUGCCGAGGAGGCCCCGCGCAGUGCUGCCAACGCCCCGGCGGAGAAGCUGAGGUCAACAUCUAAUUUGAAAUAUUAAAAGUGGAUACAAAACUGUUUCCGAAAUGCAGACAAUUAAGUGUGUUGUUGUUGGUGAUGGUGCUGUUGGUAAAACAUGUCUCCUGAUAUCCUACACAACAAACAAAUUCCCAUCAGAAUAUGUACCAACUGUUUUUGACAACUAUGCAGUCACAGUUAUGAUUGGUGGAGAGCCAUACACUCUUGGACUUUUUGAUACUGCAGGGCAAGAGGAUUAUGACAGACUACGGCCGCUAAGUUAUCCACAGACAGAUGUUUUUCUAGUAUGUUUCUCAGUGGUCUCUCCAUCCUCAUUUGAAAAUGUGAAAGAAAAGUGGGUGCCUGAGAUAACUCACCACUGUCCAAAGACUCCUUUCUUGCUUGUUGGGACCCAAAUUGAUCUCAGAGAUGACCCCUCUACUAUUGAGAAACUUGCCAAGAACAAACAGAAGCCCAUUACUCCAGAGACUGCUGAAAAGCUGGCGAGGGAUCUGAAGGCUGUCAAGUAUGUGGAGUGCUCCGCCCUCACACAGAGAGGUCUGAAGAAUGUGUUUGAUGAGGCUAUCCUAGCUGCCCUCGAGCCUCCGGAAACUCAACCCAAAAGGAAGUGCUGUAUAUUCUAAACCGUUUUCUCCUUCCCCUCUUUGCUGCUGCUUCCUGUCCCACUACUGUAGAAAGAUCAUUUAAAACAAAGGAAUAAAACCAUCCUGUUUGAAAGCCUCUGCGUCUUCUUACUCAACACUUUAGAGCAAACUCUGUAUUCAUUUUUGAUCAUGAAUGCAAUUAGAAUACUUUUUGUGAUCAGUAGUCACGUUAGACUUGUUUAACUUUCUGCUGCUUGAGUUGCCUGAUGCGCAGAGCUUUUGGUUUGAAUUAUUGCAAAAGGGAAUGUGGUCUGGCAUUAAGAAUGAUGUCUUCUUGGAGAAAAUAAGAGUUUUAAAGCUUCUAGAUGUUAGUUCUAGAUGGAGAAAGCAUCACUAAACAUCAUUUUACGCUUACUGAUUGUUAAUUGUAAUUGCAUGACACACUAUGAAAAGGGUUGACUUGCUAGUAGAGUGUAAUGGGGAAGGGAGGAUUCUCAUGGUUUUCCUGUGUGCAGUGAAACUUUUGUGUUGCUCUUGCUUUGGCUGUUUGUGCCGUAGAUGGAGUGUUUGUCAUUCUGGGAUGGGGAAGGUAUCCAUGUAUCUGCUUACUGCUUUAUGAGUUCAUUGUUACACAUUAUCUCCUAAUCCUAGCAUCCAUUUAACAAUUGACUUAAGCUUUGCUGAUAUUGAAAUGUAAAGCUACUGCCUUUAUAUUUUCCUGCUUUUGAUUCUAUUGUUGUGAGGGAAACAUACAGUUGUGGUUAUCUUUACAUUUUGAAAUUAAAAAUAUACAAUUGUUUGUAUAAA